AUGUUAAAACGACUCUAUCGGCUUAUAGUCAUUCCUGGCACUCGGCGCAUGUCUUUGAUCAACACCGGUUCCGUCACUCGUAUCUGGUUGAACCAGUACUUCCUUUCUGCCGUUCCUAGGGACCACCCACUCCCGUUCCUUGGUUGUUGGUGUAUUGGCUUAAAGGAAGAAAUGUUCUUGGUGGAUGCAGGACUUGGGACCGCCAAAAUGAGUAUGCAGGAUGAGCCUAAAGGAGUUCCAAUCAACCGAGCCACCAGAUUCUUCAUGGAUCUAGUGGCCGGUGAAUCACUGAUCAAAGAGCGAGCUGCCGCCAGGUUUAAUGAUUUGGUGGGAUCGACAGAUGCAGUGGCUGGUGAACCGCUUCUUCUUCUUCCACGAAGAUUCACACAAAACUGA